AUGAUCAAGGAGGAUUCUACCAGCGGCCUCUCCUAUGCCGAUGUGCACCACCGUUUAGCGGAAAUUGACAGGCUCAGGAAGAGUGGAGGCACAGCGGAGAGUCGGCGUCGACAUAUUGCGGAGGCGCAUGAACGCAUGUCGCAACUGCUGUUGCUUCUCCGCCAGCAGAAUCAACUCAGCGAGUCACCAUCGGCGCGCAUCACGGAAGCGCAGGCGCUCAUGCACCGUGCAGUCCUUUUUAGGGACAUGGGCGCCACGUUCGAGGAGGCGAUUUCGUACCACGAUGCCGCCACAUUGUGGUUCUGCGUCGAGCGCGAGCGUCGGCAGCUGAACUUUCCCACAAGCGACGACGCUCUGGCGAACGGUGUGUUGUGUGGGGCCAUGUCGGCGGCUGUGUUGCUGCGGGAUGCCUCGGAAUCGCGGGGCUCGCCGAUGCCGCGGCACGAUGCGGCGCUCGUUGCGAGUGCCUCCGACAGCAGUCGCAAGAGCCACAGUGGCAUCCAUGCUGGCCAAGGGAGCGGCGUCGGCGGAUGUCCUCAGGAAACGCGAGAAGGUGACGUGCCGCUCGGAGAAGAAACGUCACAGAUGUCGUAUCCCAACCUGUUGCGUGCGUGGAGGGAAUUGAUGCGCGUUGGCACGGUUCUGGAGGAAUUUCAGUGUCUGGAGUUGGCUGCGAAUUACUACGAACUUGCCGCGGUGAUACUCGUGAAGGGGAAGGGGCGUGAAAUCCUGCAGCCACCACACCCCUCCAACUCCUUUGCUGCUGCUGCUGCUGGUGGUGGUGAUGGCAGGGCGGGGGAUGAUGGCAACAGCAGCAGCAUCAAUAACAAUGCGUCAAGAAGAUCGUCUGUGUCAUCGUCCGGUAAACAUGCGGCCACUUCAAAAUCGAUUGCGCAGGUUCUUUGGGGGCACGUGGAGGGAGCGUUGUACCAUAUGAAGGAGGGCAAACAGCAACAACAACAACAACAACAACAACAACAGUCUACAGCGGCUUCUGCUGCUGGAGAAGUGCUAGACGCCUGUGGACUCGGCAUGGAUUCGGCACCGCUGGAGGUGUACUCGCGGACCCACAUGUAUGAGGUUAUUUUGGCCCUUCACCGUGCAUCCAUGGUAAGUGCCGUCACACAGGAUUACCCGCGGGCCAUGUUGUAUGCCGACACGUUGAUGCAGACACUAACCGUGGAGGCGGAGCAGCAACGACGGUUUAAGGAUGACCCACCGCUCUUUCCGCAUUCAUUCAUUCAUGCAUGCAAUGCGGAAGAGUGGCAUGCGAAGGAAGGGGAAGACAAUACACGAGGAGGAAAUUCAAGACCCACUCUGAAAAGCAAAGGAGAUGAAAAGGACGAAAAGGAAUGCGGGACCACCGAUCCUGCGCCAGAGGACCGUAAUGCCAGUUUGGGUAGCCACUCGACACUGACUCAUAUGGCGCAUCCUCAAACGACAUUAGAGGCCUUUUCUUUUGUCGCCACGCAUCUCUCACGGUGGGUUCAGCUUAUUGUGCUAAAGGUUUACAUGCUUCUUAUUCAUGACGACAGCGGGGCGGAACACGUGACACGGACGUCCCACCGUAGCAAUCCCAAAGACAAUGAUGCCUGUGGAAAGAAUAAUAUCCGGUCAUUCAGUGUGUGUAGCGGUACUGCCAGAGAGGAGAAGGAUGAUGUUGGCGAGGCUGCGAUGAUGGCGAUUAGUACGUUAUUUGACCUGGCGGGUGAGGUGCGGCGUGUGGAACGUGAUUUGAUACGUUACAGUGAGGCUGCACACAGAGCGAGCAUGGAUACAAUAAAAAUUGCUAAUGCCUAUGAGAAUGGAUAUUUCCACUCGCCCUCACUGUCGUUCUCGCACUGCCGUGUGGCCACGAGGACGGAGUUCUCCUGCCCCCUCGCCCCGUAUUGUUCCCGUGACACCCAUCAUCAUGCGGGGGAGGGAGAAGAAAAAAAACGGGAGCAGCAGCAGGAUGGCAGUAAAUUUGCUUCUUGUACGAAAACGGAGGACGUCUUGGGAAAUGAUGACGGCGACAGAAAAAAGAAACUGGCGGCGAAGGCGUUGGCCCAGCGAUUGCUGCAGAGCGACGCCCUCAGGAAACUCCGCGUUGCUGCGGCAUCAUCAAAAUUGAGUGAUUAUAUGCGGAAACAACAACAACAACAACAAACGACGGUGACUGGCAGGAAUGAAGAAGCGAGCAUGAUUUCUAAUGUCGAUUCAAAGGACGAACAAAAUUCAGAGAAGAAGGUACUCCGUGAUAACGGUGAGGAUGAAAGCGACUUUGAGGAUGUACGGCUUAGACGACUUGCGGCAUCCCUGCAUGUUGUGUACACCUGCGCACGAAAUUUUCAUUCUUCGGAAGAGGACGCUUUAUCUGCCCGUACCGCAUUGCGUGAAGCCGUUGCAAUUGUUGACGAGCAUCUUGCGGCGUUGGGCAUGUCCUCGCGUACCCUGACAAUUAUGGGCCAGCGUUUGCUGCGGGAGGUGUUUUACCCUAAAUCUGCAACGAUGAUUGGCGGACUGCUUAAUGAAUAA